AUGGGUUGUGGUGGUAGUAAAGAAACAAAGAGUGAGCAGCCCAGACCAAAGACUGCUGGAACACAAACAGCCCAAACUCCUUCAGAGAAGCCGGUAACUAACGGAGUCGUAGAACCAACAGGAAACGGAAGUACUGACGUCAGCGAGGAGGAAGAGACGGGGUCCGACUGUUUGUUCAUUUCUACAGACCCGGGCAAUGAGACACUUAAAAUAGACGGUGAGCUGCCGGAAUAUAACCACAUUAAACCCUCUGAGGAACCGCAAGAAAAUAACAUAAAGAGGGCUACAAAUGUGAAAUUCUUUGAGGACUGGUUCCCGGUAUAUUCAACGGAAACGGAUGCUGAUUCCAGACCGCGAACGGUAACACAUAUAGAACUCAACGUCCCCUCGUCCCGCAGGAAACUUACAAUAGCCGACAUAGACAAGAGAGCCCGAGAGACCCCUAGAGACCAAAUUUCUAGUUUUAAGAGCCUAAAGGACUACUUGUUACGGGAUCUGGAAGGACAGACUGACAGGGAGCGACUAGCGGUACGGGCCAUUAUCGUCUGGCUCAGUGUGCAAGAUGAGACCAAGUUCAGUUCCUUACCAGCUAAUGAGGAAUCGCCAGCGGGAUUUCUAUCUCUACUGGCUAAAAAACAAACUAUGUUCUCCACAUUCUUUACGGUUCUCUGUAGAAAAUUUGGUUUGACUUGCGUCAAAAUCAAAGGAGUAUCCAAAGCGGGGGAUUAUCAGCCGGGUGAUGUCAUUAAGAAGGAAACCAGUGCAGAUAACUGGGCAGCCGUUUAUUUAGAGAACACCUGGAAUAUUGUGCACCCAUUCUGGGUCUGCAGAGGGCUUUUUGGUCAUAAACCUGGCGGAUGGAUCAAACUAGAAGCGGGCGGGAGAGCUGUCGGCAAAUCAGAGGGAGCUUCGGCAGGUGUGUUGAGACGUGCAUUUCAAGAAUAUUAUAUUUUCCCAAAUCCAAUGGAGUUUAUUCACACUUGUCAUCCAGACGAUUCAAAAUGGCAAAUUUCAAAUAAGAAAAUUAGUCGAAAUGUUUUUGAAAAGAUGCCUUAUUUGUUGCCUACCUUUUUUGGAAUGGGAUUGAAGUUAUUAUCGACCGAGAGCUGUUUGUUAAAUACAGUUGAUGGUGCAUGCCUCAUAGAAAUUCAGGCUCCUCUUAAAAAUGCGAAUGAAAUUGAUCUUUGGUAUGAACUGUACCUUAAAGAAGGAACUGGGGAGACCGAGAAAGAGAAACGCAUGUUACAACGAGAAAAUAUUCCUAAAUUAGUGGCGAUGAUUAGAUGUGGCGACUUGUGGCAAUUCAAGUUAUCACUGCCGAUAAAGGGAACAUUCAAAAUUUGCUGCUAUGGAGGUCCUUAUAAAUCGACAUUAGCGAGAAUAGCUGAAUUUAGAAUUGACUGCAAACAACACAAUAAGGACUGUAAUAUUUUGCCCUUUGAUCCUGGUCGUAUUGGAUUUGGCCCCGGGCCAGCUGCCGCAGAAGCUGGAUUUUUUCUCCCAUCCCACGCUGGGGGACUGGUAUCUGUUAAAGUCAACACAAAAAUAGAAAUAACAUUCAUUGUGGAAAGAAUAGUGAUUGAACGUACCACAAUUCAAGCAACAUUAAACAGUUCGAAAUUUGAUCAGACGGUGCUUGAAAAUCUUGUUAGUGUUCGAACUAGUGAAGAAUCGAACACCGUUUAUUUUGAAGCCCAAGUGCCGGAAGAUGGUGAAUACGCUUUAUCAAUCAAAAAAGUCGAACAAGAACAAACACAAGCUAUGACGUCACCCCAAGAGAAGAAAGUGACACAGCCCCAGUUUAAAGAGAAGACAACCACCGUCUGUAACUACUUGUUAUCAACAUUGAUCAAAACAAAAGAGAAAGCCAAUCAGAGAAAUGCCAGAACUGAACUACAGACCACAUUGGCUACUGUUCUGCCGUCUGGAGAGGGGUUAAAACAUGGCAUUGAAAAUAUAGAGAACGGAAUCAAACGCUGUAUGAAACAGGACAUCCCGUCUACAGAUGAUCAGAUAGUGGCGGCAAAAUCUAAACUGGAGCUGUUUAAAUUAAAGAAUGAGGUGCGAAAUGCGCAUUUGCGUCGUAACAUUCACGUGACGAGGAAGGCCAUUGAUCAUAUAAAGUCCUCUCCAUACAGUCGGAUCUGUGAAAAGGAAAUUCACGACCUCGAGACGUUCGAAAAGGAGCUGGAAAAAUUAAAUAAAUUUCCCCAGGAACCCCCGACAUUACACUGGGCUGUUGGGGAACUGGCGAACUCUCCCGUAGUGACUGAAGAGGUCGUUAACACAGUGAGGGCAUUUCUCAUGCUUCUGGGGGAACCAGCUGAAACUUUAAAGACCUGGAACAAAAUUCUUGAUGUUCUACGUCCGCCAGCGGAGAAUCUGCAACUCGUGAGUCUCACGGCACGUAUCAAAGAAAAAGAGAGUUCCAAAGAGCCACUAGACACUGCCAGAAAACGUGAAGUUCAGGAGUGUUUGAGAAAAUAUACCGUUGAUCAAGUCAGAAAUAUUAACGUUGGAGCUGCGGUUAUAUAUGAUUGGACGAGUGAUUUUAUCUUUAAAUGACGACCAACAGCAGACGUUACGGGCCUUUUGACAAAUAAACAGUCAAAAACAUCAAACCGGCCGCAUUUUAAAGAAUUGUCACAAUAAAGGAAAUACAUAGGAAAUUCUCAGUGUGAUAAAACAAAAUAAAUUCGUGGUUAUAAGAUAAGACAGUGUCAACAAGAAUUAUUGACUCAAAUACAAGUCCCACAAGUAUGCUUAAUUUAGAAUGUCU